UUGUCUAAACUCUGUCUCUUACUUUUCCUUCUGGAUCCAGAAAACAAUCAGUAUCUGUCUCUGUCUCUGAGUAUUAUCCGAUCGUUCUGAGAAGAUUACGUUGAUCGUUGCCGCUUCUAUGCCAACUUGUAGAGAAAAUGGGAGAGUCUAAGGGAUAUGGGAAAGGAGGACGAGUGAUUCCAAACGCUAAGUCUGCAAAUUCUUACAACGUCUCUCUUCAGUUGUCUCCAGUUGUUUCCUUUUGGGAUUGUAUUGUUCGCACCAUGAGGUAUUCCUAUAUACCCGAGUGGGUGUAGUAGUAGUUCUUGACAUCCUUCUACUACAGUUAUUUUUAGUUCAGUUAUUUUUAGUUAAGAGUCAUAUAUAGAGCAAGCAAGUAUGGAUCAUGUUGUGUGCAAGCAAGUUCAACCACUAGCUAGGAAAGGGAAGAAGAAACAUAAUGGUAAAGAUGAAUUCGAUCGUGUCAAACAAGCUGAGAAGAAGAAGAGACGUCUUGAGAAAGCUCUUGCUACUUCUGCAGCCAUCCGGGCUGAGCUGGAAAAGAAGAAGCAGAAGAAACUUGAAGAGCAACAGAGGUUAGAUGAAGAAGGUGCUGCAAUAGCAGAGGCUGCUGCUCUGCACGUCCUACUGGGCGAAGAUUCUGACGAUGCUUUAAUGCUUGGAGAGGUAAACUGUAACAAGAUUGAUCUGUUUAGAGGUGAAAGAACAAACUAUGUUCCUCGCCAGAGUUGCGCAAGCUAUGCGGUUCAAGGAGGGAUUGGGUUUCAGACGAACGUUUAUGGACGUGGAGAUAGUAACUGGUCUGUGCCAUACAAUCCAUCCAUGAGGGGUGCUUGGGAGAGCAACAACGUGGGAAUAUCUGCAGAUUUGAUUGCUGCUCAGGCUGUCUCGUCUCUGCACAUAUCUGAGAACAAUGAUAGGAACGCUUUUGUCUUCAAUAGGAUGUUUCAGGGAUGAUAAUUUGGCAUCAUGAUGCCAAAUUCAGCUGCUAUUAUUACUUAAUUCGCAUGUUAUUUAUUCUGCUUUCUUUUCUUGUAGCACUGCAAAGUGCGUUCUGAGUUGUAUACAUCAAUACCCAAUGUCAUACCUCAUUUGUAA